UUAUGGCGUCGCAAUCGGUGUUGAGGCCCUGUGCGCGACUCUGAGCCAUGCUCCUCGGCGGCUUUGCAUCGAUCGCGCUGGCGCUCGCAUCCGUGUCGCCGGACGUGCUGCCGCCAAAUGCGCUGCCACCGAACGCGCUGCCGAAUGCGGACGCGUCGCUGCCCGCGCCAAAGGCGCUGAAGCCCUGCCGCGGCGAGAGCGACUGCAUCUCCUCCGCCGGGACCGAGAGCCCGAACCACUUCCAGGCGCCGCUGGCCCUUGGCGCCGGCGGCCGCGCGGCCGCGUACCGCGGCGCCGUCGGCGCGCUGCGCGAGGCCGGCUGCGCCGUCCGCGGCGACGCCGCGACCUACGUCGUCGCGAGCUGCCCCGACGGCGACGACGUCGAGCUGCUCCUGAGGGACGACGUCGCCACCUUCCGCGCGGCCGCGCGGCGCAAGGGCCUCACGCCGCCCUGGUGCACGGAGAAGAACUGCAUCAACGGGAGCAUGGCGCAGCGGAAGCGCGUGCUGGCGCUCGGCGCGAAAUUGGGCUGGUCGCCGAUCGACUCGACGAACAUGGAGGACGAGGGGCGAUGGACGCCCAUCUUCUUCAACACCGACGCCGCCGCCAAGCGCGAGGACCUCGUCGCCGUGCGACGGGGCGGGCCGACGCGCCGCGGCAAGCUCAUCGUCGGCGGCGUCUUCUGCUUCACGUGCUUCAAGCUCGGCGCCAAGCCCUGGCUCCUCGUCGGCGCCUUCGCCUACACGCUCUACUGGACCUUUGGCUCCCGCGACGACGCGGCGGAGUACCGGUUCCUCGACGCGGAGGAGUCGAAGCCCAUCGUCGAGGAGCACGUCGGCGAGUACCAGGCCAAGGAGCGCACGCGUGAUCGGAAGAAACGUCGGCCGCUCCAGCGAUGGGGCGGCCGCACGUGGGAGACAGCGCCCCGACACCUCCUUGCGCUCCGCGACUUCGACGAGGCGUUCCUGGAUCGCGUGCCCGACGCCGGCGUCGCCUUCGAGCCCUGCGCGGCGGGCUUCUGGUCCCUGCCGCCGGACCCGGCGCCGUCCGUCGUCGUCCUCUUCCUCCACGGCGGGAGCUACAGCGCCUACGCGCCCGACGAUCCGUGGUAUCGGGCGCUCGCGUCGAGGAUAGCCGCCGCGUCGCGCGUCGCCGUGCUCUCCGCGCGCUACCGCCUCGCGCCGGCGCACCCCUUCCCCGCGGCGCUGGACGACGCGCGGGCGGCCCUCGCGGCCGCGCGGGACCGGGCGGGCCGCGUCGUUCUGUUCGGCGACAGCGCGGGCGCGGGGCUCGCGGCCGCGCUCGCGCUCGAGGGCGGCGCCGCGGGGCUCGCGGCGCUCUCGGGCCUCUUCGACCUCACGGCCUCGGGCCGCUCCUACGCGACGCGCCGCUUCCGCGGCGGCGGAGGCGACCCCAUCUUCCGCGACGGGCCCGACGAGGAGCGGCGGUCGACGAUCCGCGACGGCCUCGUGUACCUCGGCCGCGUCGACGGCGACGGCGACGCGCGCGAGGACGACGUGGAGCGGGUGCUGCGGUCCCUGCCGCGGCGCCGGACCUGGUGCUGCUGGCGCCGCGCGCCCGUCGGCGACGCGGAGCUGCUGGAGACGCUCCGCGACGGCCGCCUGUCGCCGCGCUUCGCGCCGUCGCUGAAGCGGCUGCCGCGGUCGCUGCUCCUCGUCGGCGACGCCGAGGUGCUCCUCGACGACACGCUCGCGCUCGCGGCGCGCGCGGCGCGCGACGGCGUCGCCGUCGACGUCGCCGUCUUCGAGCGCAUGUGGCACGACUGGCCGCUCUACCGCGACUGCCGCGCCGUCGGCGGCGGCGCCGUCCUCGAGGAGGCCGACGCGGCCAUCGCGCUCAUCGCCGCCUGGCUGCGGCGCCAUUUUGUGGAUGUCUAAUGUGAUGUUAAAAAGGG